AUGGGCGUCGUACAAUAUCUCCAAGUCAUGCUGUUCGUAUUCAAUUUGACAUUCUCCUGUGUGGCAAAGAAAGCGGUAAAUUGUCAAAACUUCAAGUUUGCUAUCGAUGAAGAUGUCGUCCAUAAUCACAUUCUUAAGGGUCACGUGUUUCAAAGAUUGACAGUCCCCAAUGCCAUCCAGUGUCACUUGAAGUGCAAAGAUGACUGCCUAUGUGUAUCCAUGAACUAUUGCCCUCGCUCCAAAGAAAAUAACUGUGAGCUUAACGUUGCUAAUAAAGACAUGGAGCCAGCGGCGAUGAAAUGGAGUCAAGGAGGAACUUAUUAUGAUUUGGUGAGAAGCUAUACGGUGAAGGUGAGAUAAAAUUGUUUGUUUAAUUCUUUGUUAAUUUAUUUAUAAACUUUCGUAAACAUAGUAAAUGUACCAAGAUGUUCAAGUUCGGAAAUAUAAUAAAUAUUUCCAUAUGAUCAAGUUUUGCGGUACUCCUUAAAAAAAGAGGUGUUUUAUGUAAGUCCGGGCCAAAGGCAAUUUUGUGCAUACUGUUUUUUCUGCGACAUGAUUGGUCCAGACAAAACCAAAACGAACUGGUUUGGCUGAGAGAGGAUUAGGUUCAUGCGCUUUCUCGCAAACAUUCUUCUUAACGGCCAUGUUGUAAUGCGAAGGGGACGGCAGAGCAAAAGUGACUACAAAUUUAAUAAUAACAUCAUUGACUUAACCAUUGCCAUAUUACUGCAUUUCAAAUUUAAUUUUUGAUGGACAUUUGAUCUCCAUUCUGGCACCCCGCUAUGUGUUACACGCACGUACUUUGCUCGCACUGUUUUUUAUCGAUGCGAUCCGUUUCCGGUGAGAUUUGUCGAUGGUUGCUAAAACGCACAUGCCAAACCAAUUCUAUGAGAAUGCUGAGCUGAAAAAACCUUUGAAUGUUGCUGUAGGGUGAAGACAAAUACAUACCAGAGAAGCAUCAUUGCAUUAACAGAUGCUGCAGCACCAAUCCUUGUCUCAAUGGGGGGGUAUGUCGGGAGAUUUGUGACACCUACAGCACAAGGUUUAACUGUACCUGUCCUAACACAUACUCUGGUCAGCGGUGUGAGAAGAAGAUGAAACAUCCGAGAAGCUGCAAAGACAUAGCUAAGAACGGUGCCUCGACAUCAGGAAAAUAUGACAUCUACGAUUCAAACAAUGAACGGUUUUCUGUUUACUGUGACUUGCAGUCUGAACCUGGCUUUUUAUGGACGUUAAUACAAUCGUUUUCCAGGGCUAAGAGAAAUGAUUUCAAGAAUGUAGGAUUUGGUGAAAACUUUGAGAUUGAUAUUGAGGAGGGGGAAGUGAAUUGGAACAAGUUCCGACUAUCCUUAUCACAGAUGCAGUAUCUUGCUAAUCACUCCACACAUUUGAGAGCAACUUGUAACUUUUCUACGGAUGGUCUGCAGUGUACGGACUACGCACGCGCUAAGCUGGCAAGUCAUGACAUUUUUGGUACCUGGGAAACCUGCCAGAUGUACGAAUACGUUAAUAUCCGAGGAAUCUAUUGUUCUAACUGCACCGCCCUGACAAAACAGCAGGAAGAUGUGUCCUGGCACAUAAGGAGUUACGCUAGCAGAGAGGCCGGAUGUGAUUUUGAUGGAAAACCAGGCGGAUUCGGUAAGGAAAACAAUUUCGGAAAAUUUGGCUACAACAAUAUAAAUAAGGAUCACCGCUGCACGUUUUCUUCUGCUUCUACCACGCAGCAUUGGUUUGGAACUAAAUUUGACGAGUAA